AUGAGGCUCUUUCGGCAGCUAACGGUCCUGGAUCAUAUGGAACGGUUCUGGUCCAAUUCCAUCUUCAAAUACCUGAGGGUAGAGCCGGAGGAUCACUAUUUCCUACUCACCGAGCCGCCUCUGAACCCGCCCGAGAACCGCGAGAACACCGCCGAAAUCUUCUUCGAGUCAUUCAACUGUGCCGGCCUAUAUAUUGCCGUCCAAGCAGUGCUUGCUCUCGCAGCCUCAUGGACAUCGUCCAAGGUGCAGGAUCGAUCGUUGACUGGUACAGUCAUUGAUUCGGGAGACGGUGUCACCCACGUCAUUCCAGUAGCAGAGGGCUAUGUGAUCGGAUCUUCGAUCAAGUCUAUUCCCAUAGCAGGUCGCGAUAUCACCUACUUCGUUCAAUCGCUACUUCGUGAUCGAGGCGAGCCUGAUUCUUCUCUGAAAACUGCUCAGGAGAUCAAGGAGGAGUACGCAUAUGUUUGCCCGGAUAUCGUCAAGGAGUUCUCCCGCUACGACCGCGACCCUACGCGCUUCGUUAAGCACAGUGUCACACAGCCCGGUGGUAGGCAGGUCAGCGUGGAUGUUGGAUACGAGCGUUUCUUGGCCCCCGAGAUUUUCUUCAAUCCCGAAAUCUACUCCUCCGAUUUCCUGACGCCUCUCCCGGUUGUCGUUGACGGUGUCAUCCAGUCCUCGCCCAUCGAUGUGCGUCGGGGCCUGUACAAGAAUAUUGUGCUGUCUGGCGGAAGCACCUUGUACAAAGACUUCGGACGCAGACUACAGAGGGAUAUCAAGCAGCUAGUGGAUGCUAGAAUCCGGGCUAGUGAGGUCCGUAGCGGUGGCGCAAAGAGUGGUGGUCUAGAGGUUCAGGUCAUCACACACAAGAGGCAAAGGCACGGUCCUUGGUUCGGAGGUUCUCUGCUUGGACAAACACCGGAAUUCAAGUCGUACUGCCACACAAAGGCAGAGUAUCAAGAAUAUGGACCUGGUAUCGUACGAAGAUUUGCGCUCUUGGGAGGUCCUGGCGGGUCGUAG